GACAAUUUUCACGGAGGAAGUCCCAAGAAUUGACUCGUAGAGAGGUAUCGAAUUUUCCUCGCUGUGAAAUUCAUUUCGAAAGACGAUGACAUGGCGCUGCAGUGGAACAACGAAUCAAGAGAUGAUAUCCAAAUUGAAACAAAAUGCCAUUUUAACAACGGAGAGAGCUGAAGCGGCUAUGCUGGCAAUUGACCGAGGCAAGUACUGCCACGAGUCUGAUCCCUACCUGGACCGUCCCAGGAGGAUAGGCUACAACGUCACCAUCAGUGCCCCGCACAUGCACGCUUAUGCGUUAUCGAUAUUGACGGACCAGCUGAAGGAGGGCUCCAGGGCGUUGGACGUCGGCUCCGGGUCGGGGUAUUUGACGGCUUGCAUGGGGUUCAUGGUGGGAGCUGGGGGGAGAGUUGUUGGGGUUGAACAUAUUCCCGAGCUUGUGGCCGUUGGGGAGAGGAAUUUGAGGGAGGAUUGCCCGGAGUUCAUUGAGGAUGGACGAGUGAAAUUCGUAGAAGCUGACGGCCGAGUUGGAUACCCCCAGGAGGCCCCCUACGACGCCAUCCACGUGGGAGCAGCUGCUGAGACAAUCCCCGAAGAGUUGGUGAAGCAACUGGCCCCCGGUGGUCGCCUGAUCGUCCCGGUCGUCGCUAUCGAGGGCUUCCAGAAGUACCAGGACCUGGUGCAAGUCGACAAGGAUCAGGAUGGCACAGUCAAGACCCAAAAACUCAUGCACGUCUCCUACGUACUACUCACCGAUCCCAAUACUCAAUUACAUAAUUAAAAUUUUCGACAUGCCUUCCGCCUCCCUUCCGCCCCUCUAUCCUCUCCUAAAUUUGGGUCGAACAAAAAAAGCUCGUGAGUUAAGCACCCACCAACCAUGCAAGCAGACCCAGCCCACGAAUUCUCAACAAUCAGUGGAGUUUCAUGCACUCUGCGAUGGGCUGCCUUCGACAACUGCAGCAGGAUCACUACCAUCGAUCUAUCGAAUUAUGUAAAUAUGAUUAUGUCGAUAUAUUUAAGUGAUUUAAUGAAUUUUAUUGAUAAUGAAGGAUUAAAUUAUAUUUUGAAAUAUGAAA